UCACAUCGAGCCAGCUCAAUCCACCGGCGUUCUACUCUCGAAGAUCGUGGUUGCACCCUAGCGAAGAAGGAAUUCGGAUCGCUCCCGAGUCGCGUUCCGCGCCCGCCCGGAGAGGGCGCUUUGACAGCUGUCAUCGAGCUUUCUCGUUUCUCGGGCGGCCGUGGGACGAGUCGAGUAAAUUUUUUAUUUAUAUCACACACGACGAUGUUCCCGUAGAGUGCGACCGGCUGUGUACGUGCGUGACGAAACGAUACGAAAACACGACGACAGAAUGGCGAACGAGGAGGCUUUGGGGCCGCGGAAGACGAUGUUCGUUCUAGUGAUUGUUGUGGGGUGUUUCGCGGUGCUGUGGCCUAGGAUCCUGUCGCCUCUGAUGGUGGGCCAGGGGCAGCUGAAGCCGAACCAGCUCGACCGGGACGCAGGAUGCUGCGAAGUCAUCUUCGAAUCAGAAAUGGCCGUCCUCGAGUUAGUAAACGAAGUAUGCAGCUCCGCCAUUGGAAAAGAUGGCUUAUUAUCUGCAUACGCAGCAGCUGAAUGCCGGAAAACUGUCAAUGAGACCUGCGGGCUGGACAUUGCUGCUUUCUUGAAAAGAACGGAUAAUGUUGGGAAGUCAACAAAAGUGCUACUGAAUACGAUGAAAGAGAGUAACAGUUCGUGCUUGAAGGAGCAUUUCGGAGUACCUGUUUGGAGUCUUGGUGCACACACUGCGCUCAACUUUUGGGCAAUACAGGAUGACAACGUGAAGCAAGAGCGUUCACCAAUCCGCGGCGCCGGCCCGCACCCUGCCCUGCGCGAGCGCGGCCGCGCCAUCCCCCCCGGCGCGCCCACCCCGCCGUCGCGGGGGCCCGUGCCCAUGCCCCCGCACGCAAGGGUACGGUCGCCAUUGUCUGUGUAUUUUGAUGUGGAUAUCAAGCCUCCACCGAUUCCGGGCAUGCGGCCGCCGCUGGGGUCCCCUGGCGGACCCGUACCGGCCCCCAAGUCUUCCAUGGGCUUCGUGAUGCCAAUCUACACCAUCUGUAUCAUAGUCUUCUUCGUCUACACACUGAGCAAGAUACUCUUCAAGAGAACUGGCUCCAUCCCCUACGAGCACGUGGCUCCCGACCCUCAGUUCCGACACAGAGUCUUCAGGGAUGACUCCAGGACUUCACCUGAUUCUAAACUGGGACCUAAAGAAAGGGACGCAAGGGACGUGGAAUUGGAAGCGCUGAGGGCGCGACUCGAGGAGACCGAGCGCGCCAUGCAAAGGAUCGUCGGCCAGCUCGCCAAGCGAGAUGCGGAAUCUCAAGAAAAUCACACACGGCCAUACACAAAUGGUUCCGUCCACAGCUCGCCUAUUAUCAUAGCUAGCGAAUACGUAGAGUCCAAAGAGAAGACUCCAGAACCAGAAAAAGUUGAACCGAAAGAACCGAGUCCGGAAAAAGAGGCAUCCCCUGAAAUGCCAGAACCGAGCCCAGAGAAAGAGGCUUCCCCUGAACCGGCACGGUUCACCCUAGAAAAAGAGGCUACGCCUGAUCCUGAACCUAAAGAACCGACCCCAGAACCAAGCCCCGAAAAAGAACCUACACCAUCAGAGGAACCAGACCGAGAAGAAUCAGAAGAAGAAUCACUAGAAAAAGAACCAGAACGUAGCCAUCUUGAUGAAGAUUUGUUAAAACUGUCAGAAGAUAUUAAAGAAAAGAAGGAAAACUUGGCAAAGUCCACGAAAGACUUUUUGACCGAAGCUAGGGAAAAUGCGGAGAAGACUGUGGAAUUGCUGAGGGAGGCUUUGAAAGAAGAUUCUCCAGUGGAAGAGGAAGAAGAAGAGGAGGAAGUUGAUCCUGAUAAGGAAGUCAGCGUUAAGGUGGUGGGGAUGGAGCUGACGGCGCACACGGCGGGCCGCUCCCCCGCCCCCGCCCCCGCGUCCGCACCCGCCCCCGCCCCCGCCCCCGCGCGAUCGCACGAGGCCGACGAGGUGAAGUCCAUAUUCCUGGAGACCCAUAUCCCGCAGCAGUCGAGGGUGCUGGUGGCGGAUUUCGAAGACAGAGCCAAGCCGCACAAGAAACAUGAACCGACGGUCGUCAGCGGCAAGAUGACGUUAUCUCUGAUCCAGGACGAGCCCCAGGAGCAGGACUUACCCGAAAUCGACCCAGAAUCGACAAUGGAUGACUUCACUACAGCUAGCGCCAUGACCCAGCCUGUUGCAGAGAAAGAGGGGGAGUCGUCAGGCGAGGAGAUCGAAGAGGAAAUAGAAAUAGAAGAGAUUGAGGAGGAAGAAGAUGAUGAUGAACCGAAUGAGGGGCCGAAAGAGCAGAAAUGAACUGAUUUACUCUAGUAGUUGGAACGAUCUGAUUUGAACCUUAUUAUACAGCGCAUACGGUUGUUAUUUGCUUACUAUGAUUUGUUAACAUUUGUGGUCGUGCUUUACUACUGCUUGGAACAUAAUUUGAACCUUAUAUUAUACAAAAUAUGGUGGAAUUUUGUUUAUUACGUUUAUAUUGAAUCUUAUACCUUUAAAAGAGCAAUUCUUGUAUAUUUAUAUAUUUCGGGGAUCUCGGAAACGGCUCUAACCAUUUCGAUGUUUUCUAUAUGGGGGUUUUCGGGGUCGAAAAAUCGAUCUAGGUCUUAUCUCUGAGAAAACGCAAAUGUUUGAGUUUUUAUAUGUUUUCCUGGGUCGGUUUAUAUAUUAUGGUUGACUUUAGUCUGUCAAAAAACUUUGUCAGUAGAAAAAAAACCGCUAAAUUCAAAUUUUCUAUAGACGAUAACCCUUCGCGCCUACAUUUUUUAAAUUUGCCGCUUUUACUGACGGAAAUGGCUUGACAGACUAUAGUAAUCGUGCCUCUGCUUGGUAUAGUCUUGAAGUUAAACUAAUUUUAUGCUGCAGAGGUUAACAUUGAAAAGAAAUUAACAUCGUUUUUAUUCCUAUUAAUGUGAUGGGUGGAGUCUUACAAAAUACAUAGGUACAGAAAUAUGAAAUUAUACUAAAGGAAUACGGGAAAUCAAGCAGGAAUUAAAACAGGAAUGAAGACUAAAAACAGAAUUUAAACCUUGCUGCAACUGCAAGUAGAUCUCAAUUUCAACGUAAUCGAUUGUGUUUAAUGUUGCCAGUCUUCAAAAAUAGUGAAUUUAUUAUUCGUGUUCAAAUGUUAUUUAUGUGCCAAAUUUCCUUCUAAAAUUUAGUAAAUUGUAAAGCUUUUAAAAAAACAUUUUUAAAGAUACUAAAGUUUUUCAACGCGUUCACAUAGGUUUAAUUAUUUACAUCGUUAAUUGAU